AUGGAAGAAACACAAAGAGGAACGCGCAUAGGGCCGCUGCCUGGGGGGCGCCGGGGCGCGUCUGGAGCUGGCGCUGGACGCGGCAGCAUGCGGGCCGCCAGCCGAGCGCGAGGAGCUGCACGAUCACCUAGCAGCCCCUCGCAUCCAUCAUCCCCACCAGAAGGCUUGGUGUCGGCUGGGUCUUCUCGGACCCAGCAAGCGGCACCCGCCGCUGGUGGAGCACGUCGCAUGCGUUGGACAAAAUCUAUGAAUGAAAACGCAUUGCGGGCGUACUAUAGGGCGAAAGGGGAAGAAACUGUGGGAAUAGCGUAUAGGUCUCGGAUGCAUUGCUUUUUUGCUGAGCUGGAGCCUUCUACCCCCGUCACGGAACAAAACCUGGCAGACCGAGUUCGGUACAUCAUGCGCUCGAAAAUAUUUGAUGAUGCCGAACUCGGACGACUACGACGUGAGGCUAUUCCGUCGUCGAAUGAAUCGGCUAUGGCUGGAGAUGCAGCUCCACAUUCGACAGACCAGCAUCCACACGUGGAAGCCGCCAUGGAUCUUCCCGUUGUGGUUGAUUCGAACGACGAUGAAAUAGUCUCCCACGAACUAGAGCAAAUGAGGAGUAUAUUGGAAGAGGCGAUUUUGGAAACGCGCAGCACCCCUCUCGAAAAUCGACCGCGACUUCCCCGCAUACCCCUAAGCAAGCGAAAUCGGGCUGUCGUGAGGGCUCUUAACCCAAUGCUGGUGACCUAUUUGGAAGCCAGCCGGGAACUUUGCGAGACGGACUCAAUUCUCUUUGGCGCAGCAGUGGCAGUUUGCCGUAUUAUUGGCGCCAAACUUCCCAUGGCUGGACGCGCUACUACACAAAGUAGCGCCAUCCCAGCCUGGAGAAAAAGAAUCGAGGACCGUAUCGCAAAGGCAAGGGCCCUUAUCGGCAGACUGACAAGCUUCAGGUCGGGUAAUAAUAGACCGAGGAUUAUGCGCAUCGUUAGGAUGGCGUUUGCUGGGACAAAUAUCAGUUUGUCCCAGCCGGAUAUCACGCAGAAACUAACGGAGCGCAUAGACGACCUGAAGCAAAAGAUCGCUGCUUGGGGGAAGCGGAUUCGACGAUUUACCGACAGGUCAAGGCGGUUCAACCAGAAUCGUCUCUUCCAGAGUGGUCAGAAGAGGCUCUAUAAAUCAUUGGAGCGGCCAAAGGUAUGUGUAGCGGGCCAAGGACCGGAUCAGGCUGACAUUAUCGCAUUCUGGCGUGGCCUGUGGUCAGAGCCCGUAAACCACAGCGAGGGCCCUUGGAUGGAAGUUGUGGCGAGCCAGGGUGCGAGUGUUACGCCUAUGGACCCCAUCACCGUAACGCCGGAAGACGUGGCUGAGGCGGUCCGUAGGGCCCCGAACUGGAAAAGUCCGGGGCUCGACGGGCUGCAUCAUUACUGGCUGAAGGGGUUCAUAGUGUGUCACGCUGUGCUCGCCCGACAGUUUCAAGAGGCUCUCGACCAGAAGUCGCUCCCGAGCCUCUUCACUACUGGGAUCACUCACUUGGUUCCUAAAGAUCAGGAUACCACAGACCCGAGCAAAUACCGCCCCAUAACUCAGUCAGCGCCUUGCGAGAGGUGUGAGCGCCGUGCCGCGGCAGAAUUUAGGGUGCAGAGGCCCGUUUGUGCUUAUGGCUACACACGAAACGGUGCCGGGCCUGGGCGUCUCCCGUUAAUGGACGCCCAAAUAAUGGAUGAUGGAUAA